AUGCUUUCAACCUUUGUUGCGUUCGUCGCACUGCUGUCCGCCGUUCACGGCCAAGGUAUUGUCGACAAUUCACGCGAGAUGUCGAUGAUUGAGGUCAGUGCGAUCUACCGCUUUCGGGGCACAAUGUUCGCUGAUCGUCGACCGCGCGCGUCGGAGCGCGCCUUCGCUCGCGCGCGCGGGGCAUCAAACAUGCCGGGCACGCGCACGGCGCGCGCGUCACGCGUUUUCGCUCGAGCCUCGCAGCGUUCAAACCUGCCCCAGUUUCACCCGGCCCAGCUUGGUGGGGACGUCUAACAAUUCGUAUUACUGAAACUGGGUCUUGGUUUUGAUAUGACCAGUCUAGCGAGAUUGCGCUCGAUGGAGGCAACUACUACGUGCAGAACGUCGCCACCGGUCGCGUGAGUUGGUGGAGCACCUUUGGUGCUGCGCAGACGCGGUUGCGCAAGGGGACAAGGUUGCUCAUCAAACUGUCCUCGGGACUCCUCAUGCCAUUUGCUCCGUAGUACCUUCAAUUCACCCGUCCCGACGACACUACCGAUCUGACGUCGCUGAAAAGUCGAGGCUCGAUCUCGAUCAACUACGGGUCAGCCUACGGCAAAAGCGGAAAGAAGACCGGCACCUACGUCGGCUCGGUCUUCUCGGGCAUGACCAAGUGCAUGUCGGCACAGUGAGUUGCAUCUUUCCUGGCUUCACGCUCUUUGACUUUCUCUCGCGCGUCUUUGGGUGUAUAGCGUUACGAGUGAAAAUUUGACCUCGACUCGCUCUCUGCCCCACUGCUGCGCCGGCGAAACUCAGAUUCGACGACAACAAGGGCGUGGACCAUGCUGCUGUCUCGUACGCUUGCUCGGGUAGGUUCUUCUCCUCUUAACAGUGUCGUUGUAAAAUUCUGGAGUGCUGUUCGCUGACUUUUCCGAACGCUCUGGCGUCAGUGAACGGCGGCUCCGGCACAACGACACUUGAAAAAGCCAAGCAAUUCUGGAAGCUCGUAAGCUCGCUCGACGUAUCGUGGUGUCUUUUCAAGUGGACCCGGCACUAAGUAAGGACCAUAUUGUACGAAUUUUUUGCAGUACCCGUGUGGAUCGGGCGCCAGCUCAGGUGUGUCGCUGGCAUCCAAGAAGAACGGCAAGUCGAAGAAGACGUCGACCACCUUCACGAAGAAGAAGACGACGAGCAAGAAAACCUCGAGCAAGAAGAAGACGUCGAGCAAGAAGACAUCAAGUAAGAAGAACGUCAAGUGCACCAAGUCUGGCAAAUGGCUCGCUCGCCACCCCGAGUACAUCACUCGGCAAGGCAACUCGCAGUGCAAGGCCACCCUCACCGCUUGGCGCCAUGGCAAGAGCCGUCGGUCCGAGAUCGUGUCCCACCAUGUGUCGCAGUUCGCUCGCCUCGGCCGUCGCUCCUUCAUGACGCCUGUCAAGCGUGCCCUGACCAAGCGCGGAGCCCUUCAAGGCACAUACUGCAUCAUCGCCGUCGACCAUCUCUCCGAUAUGUGAGUUGCCUAGAUGGGAUGCACCCGAGCUUUCUUACUGAUACACGGCUUUUGAUUUGUCAGGGAAACGCGCGCCGUUGGAGAUUCCAGCAUGAACACCUACGGUGGCUACGUCAGCAUGGAGCUCGAAGAAUGGAACGCCGUAAGUCCGCGCUGACUCGCUUUGCUCUUCGGCCUCGCCGACUAUGUCCUUAUGAUUGCUAAUCCUACGAUGCUGUGCACUCUAUACAGGGUGACAAGACCCAGCAAUGGAUCAUCACCGCGGCCUGA